CUGGGAAAAAUGGGUGUGACAAAGUUAUAAAGUUUCAGAGCUAAAAGAAGCAGAUUCAGAAGAUAGCCCACUGUCUUUGAAAGCAGCACUGAUGAGCACCACUAUGAUCCGCUCCUGGACCCUUUGCUGUGUGGUGCUGGUGGCAUCGAUGGGUGCACCAGGAGGGGGUACUACUGUGCUGAUCUCCUGGCCCGGUGAGGUGACAGCUGGUUACCCCACCACGUUCACUUGCGAUUCUUCGUGUAUUUCAAACUGCAUCUACACCAUGUCCUUCAGAGGAGAAACGUUCAAAGGGACCUCGCUGACCUGGACCCCAGAUGGACAGGAUUUCACCGUGAAGCUGAAAUGUAACGUCAACAGUCCAGAUCCAGAUACCUCCGGCAGUACAACUGCCAUUAUAGAAGUUAAAAAUGAGAUGUUUGUACAGAUUCAUCCACAGGACACAAUCCCAUCCCCCGACCAGCCUCUUAAUCUGGUCUGUGGUGGUUUGCCCUCCAGUGACCCCGAGGGUCCAUCAGACCUUGUUUGGUACAAAGAUGGACAGAAAGUGACUCUGAGAGAAAACAUGCAGCUCCUAAGAAACAACCAGACUCUUCAUUUUGAGUCAGCGCUGCCCUCUGAUGCUGGUUUCUACCGCUGUCAAACACGUCUGCCAACUCGGCAAGUCAAAGUUUUCAGCCUGGGAUUUCAGCUGAGCUUUGUUCCGUGGAACGUCAGCAUUAGUGGACCUGAUGUCAUCUACACUGGAGAGCUGAGCGAGUUCUUCUGCCUGACCAGCUGCACCUUAAACGUGGAAUGUACCAUCAAGUGGCAGUUCAGAGGAGGCUUCCCCGUCGGACAUUCCUUUUCUAUCAAUGGGAACCAUAUCAAAUGGGUUCCUUCUCUUCCCGGGACUUUUCAAAACUUCACGUGCAUCGCAGAAAAUAAAGCAAGUGGACAAUCUGCAGAACACACCAAGAUGGUGGCAGUUAUAGACGUUCCGGUCUCUGGAUCAGAGGCGAUGAAGCUCAGUGGACUGUCGGUGUUGGUCUGUUGCUCCUUAAUGAUCUACAGAGCCGUCAGCUUUGUGAUGCUUUAAUUUAUUUUUCUCUUCUGUUUUAUUUUAUUAAAAUAUGUCUUCAAAGAAAAAAAAUGAUCUGGUUAGAUUUCUCUUUUUAAAAAGGGAAUAGCAUUUAGCGAAUACAACCUUUAAAGGUGCAUUAUGUAGAAAAAAAGUAAAAAUGAUAGGGAUGCACCGAUACCGACAGGCCCGGAUUAAUGCUUGAUGUGACUUAAGCCUAGGGGCCCACGUGCGUUCUGCGGCCCCCAUUGGCCAGCUAAAAAUAUAUGAUUUUAUUUAAAUUUACAUGCAAGAAUGUUCUUCAGCUGUAUUGGCCGACAAAAUCAUAAGCGACACUGAUUGGGUAAACAUGGUGGCGGUCUUGAGUUAAGUAACGUGUCACGUGACCCGUCAUGUUCGUGUAUCGUAGGCUGCUGCACGUAACGAGGGAAAAUGAAAAAAAUGUCAGAAAGAAAAUAUGAGAGCGGCGCUCAGAAAAGAAAAACGGAGAGAAUCAAAGAAGAAAAGCACCAAAAUCUUCUGCAGAAAAUCCCAAAAUUGUCAGGAGAUUUUAAACCUGCUGCUGGAGCCAACAGCAGGUUAUAGAAAAGCAACACGUUCACGAUGAAGGCAACGGAGCUAUGCUAGCUGGAGCGGCUGAGGUUCAAGAUGCUAGCUCAAAGGAGGGAACGGGCAGUCACAGAGAAGCUGAUAUUGUCCACUUGGGGGCAGAGGCAGACCUGCUUCAAGUAGUUUCUGAUGGGAGCCCGGCAGAAGGUCCUAGCCAGGUGACGCUGAUGGUGGAUGCUAACUUAAACCCGGAUCCUGGCUGCCGGGGUGAAAUGGAUGAAAAUGCCAGAAAAUAUUGGUAAAUCAUGGUUAAUUCACAACUACCCUAUGAUUAAUUAGAUUAACAUUUUUAGUUGUUUGACAGCCCUAAUUAACAUAAACAUCUGCAGAUAAGAAUAUAGGAUAAGAAUACAAUCAAGCAUGUUUGGUUCUGAACAGGUGUAGCCUAUGGGCCCCUGUACACCUUAAUCCUCCCCUGGAUACCGAUUUCAGUAUCGGUAUCAGUAAAAGUUAACUGAUACCAGGAACGGAUACCAAUGCAGUUGCUUGAAAGUGGCUUCACUGUAACUUGUCAUUUCUGUUCACCUAAUAUUUUAGUUUUGUGAUGAUUUCUGUUUAUAUGUUUUACGCUUUACCUUACAGUCUUUUUCCUGUUGAUUGCAGAGAAGAAAAUAAAACCUGUAUUCCAAUUCA